AUGGAUUGUGAAAAAUUUGAAUAUCAUCCCAGCUGCCAAGAUAAAAAGCCCCAGUUUUUCAACAACAGAGCUGGGCUUUCAUAUGAACUUCCUCAAUUCGAGCUGGACGAAUUGUCAGUAGGUGACGAUGUAGGUCAAAAAGAAACCAAAGAGCAGUUUGAGGAUUAUGAAAGCCUUCGCGCUGAGUUCCUUCAAACUGGUCCAUCCCAACUAAGUUUCUUACUAUUAAGAAGGAUAAUUCAAAAUCCAAAAAUCCCUUGUGAAUUUCGUGCUCAGCCGCUUUUUCGUCUUCUCGUUGACGCUUGCAAUGCUUUAGCUUUAAAUGAAAUAGAAAUAUCAGUAUGAGCGAUUUUUCUAGACCGCUGCGUGUGGGCUGAUAAUAUAGCGAAACUUGACUAUGUCUUGUAUUAUUCAGCAUUGUCAGCAAAGGGCUAUACAAAUUCAGAUAUAAGCCCUUAUUUGAGUUUCUUACUCUCCUAGUGAGCAAACAAAUUUUGCUUACGGAGAAUGCUAUUUUUAUUAUAUAUAAAUUUUAUUGCAAAUAAAUUUAAAAAUAUCUGAAUUCAUAAAAUGUUUUUUUAAAAUUCAGCUAGAGAUUUCAUUAUAAUAAUUGCCAUUACGUAUUACGAUAUAAGUUUUGCUCGUUAGGAAUAUCUCCAAUGGUUUGCUCACUCUCAGAACAAGGGAGCUAGCUUCAAAGAUCGGGAAUUUUUAUAGUAAUUAUAUGCAGUGAACUCAGAGAAAUAGAAGUCAGUUAGAAGUUACUGAUAAAGAAUUGAACUGUAUUUAUAAAAAGCUUAGAUCUCCUUACAAUGAGGAUCUAGUCGAUUAUAACUAUUAUGUUGACGAUAUUUUACAAAUGUCUCCGCCCUACAUGUCAGAUCUUAAAGAGUCCACAGUCUCGAAAGAUUUUUCAAGGGAUGCAGAAGACACCACUUUGGCGACUUCACUGCCUAACCCAAAAAAUAAAAAAAUAAUAUUUUCUGAUGCCAGCUGGGUCCCGAACUAUGAUUUUGAGUCUCCAACCCCAUUAACUGCGAGUUCCCAGAAAAAUUCAAUUUUAUCUCCGAUGGUCCUUGAAAGAAUUGAUUUUAUUUGUUCAGAAUUUCUGAACUGUGAAGUACCUAAAAUCAAUGUUUGCCAUUCAAGCAGAACUCAAAAUCCUCUUUUGAGCAGUCUAGCUAACUUAUAA